GCAAAGGGAUGUGAAGUUAUCUUCCAAGAUGACUCUUCUACCUGGAGAAAAUUCUGAUUAUGACUAUAGUGCCCUGAGCUGUGCUUCAGAUGCUUCCUUCAACCACGCGUUCUUCCCAGAAACAGAAACCCUCAAGGGCGUCUUUUACCAAAGAGCCAAAUUAAUUCACCCUGAGGAGGAUCUCCUGAAAGGCUUUCACCCUGAUGAUCGGAAGCAUCAUAUUAUUAUAAACGUAGGGGGCAUUAAGUAUUUGCUCCCAUGGACCACGCUUGAUGAAUUCCCAUUGACACGCUUGGGACAACUAAAAUUCUGCAACAAUUUUGAUGACAUCCUAAACAUCUGUGAUGAUUACGAUGUGACAUGCAAUGAGUUCUUUUUUGACCGCAACCCGGGAGCGUUCAGGACAAUCCUGACCUUUUUGAGGGUUGGAAAACUUCGGCUCCUGCGUGAGAUGUGCGCGCUGUCCUUUCAAGAGGAGCUGCUCUACUGGGGAAUUGAGGAAGACAACUUGGACUGGUGCUGUAAGAGGAGGUAUCUGCAAAAAAUGGAGGAGUUUACAGAAAUAAAUGAACGGGAGGAUGAUCUUAUAGAAAAUGAAACAACAGGUGAAACAGCAGAGGAGACAAAAAUUGGCUUGUGCAUGAAAAAGUUGCAAGACAUGGUAGAACGACCCCAGUCUGGCCUCCCUGGGAAGGUGUUUGCUUGUUUGUCUGUUUUAUUUGUAACUAUCACAGCAGUGAAUUUGUCCAUCAGCACCAUGCCUGACCUGAGGGAGGAGGAGGAUAAGGGUGAGUGUUCCCAGAUGUGCUACAAUAUUUUCAUUGUGGAGUCUGUCUGUGUGGCGUGGUUUUCGUUGGAGUUCCUGCUGAGAUUCAUCCAGGCAAAGAGCAAGUUUGCAUUUUUGAGGAGACCGUUAACUCUGAUCGACAUAAUAGCUAUUCUGCCAUAUUACAUCACUUUGCUGGUAGACACCACUUCGGUGGGCUACAAGAAGCCCAGCUCUGGGAGCAUCUACCUGGACAAAGUCGGUCUGGUCCUCCGAAUACUCCGUGCCUUGAGGAUUCUGUACGUCAUGCGGCUGGCCAGGCACUCCCUGGGGCUGCAGACGCUGGGGCUGACCGCCCGCAGGUGCACCCGGGAGUUCGGGCUCCUGCUGCUCUUCCUCUGCGUGGCCAUCGCACUGUUUGCACCGCUCCUGUACGUCAUUGAGAACGAGAUGGCAGACUCGCAGGAGUUCACCAGCAUCCCUGCAUGCUACUGGUGGGCUGUCAUCACCAUGACCACGGUAGGCUAUGGAGAUAUGGUUCCCAGGAGCAUUCCUGGCCAAGUGGUGGCACUGAGCAGCAUACUGAGUGGCAUCCUCCUCAUGGCAUUCCCAGUCACUUCCAUCUUCCACACGUUCUCACGCUCCUACAUUGAGCUGAAGCAAGAACAGGAAAGAAUCAUGUACAGGAGGGCACAGUUCUUAUUAAAAACAAAGUCUCAGAUAAGCAAUGCUUCACAAGGGAGUGAUAUUUUAUUCCCAAGUAUCUCUACUGACAACAGGGCAGUGAAUGACAUUUAAGUUGCUGUUUUUCCUCAUGUCAAGCAAUGUUCUGUUGCAUCACAUUCCAUCUUUCACUUUGCUUUGGAAGCAUUUUACAAAGGUAACCCUCAUUUUGAAAGGAGGAAAAGGGGCUGUUAACCAGGAGCUGAUGUGCUUUCAGAAGUCUCCAAUUAUUCUGUUUCUCCCCUCCAACCUUCCCAGGCUUUCAUGGAGAUCACACAGUGGGACUUUAGGGGUGAGAAGUUCUCUGACAAAAGUAACGUACCAUUCUGUACUCAAGAGGAUGUUUUGUCUUUUGUACUGCACAUUUUUUCCAACUGAAUCACAAUGUAUAUAAUCAUUAAGCAGGCUGUCAUUUUUUCUUGUAUAUAAAUAAUGUAAAUACAACAAAAUUAAUGGCUAAAUUAUCUCCCAGUAAGAUGCCUUAGAGCAUGAUCGAAAUAACUACAGAGGUUUGUCCCACUGUGCUCUUAAAGAACAUUAAGUCAGAUUCGUCAUUCACAACAGCAACCGUACAUUUAUUUGUAAGUCAGUCCUAAUCAUGGUGAGAACAAAACAGAGCCGAGCUGUUUGUAUCAUAACCUCACUGAAGAUGCAAAUACUUAGAGCUCAUCAGCUUCAAAAUUUAAAUGAUGUUACAGUAUUGAUCCUGUGUCACUGAACGCAGGACUCCAAGGAGCAGUCUUCUGAGUUUUGUAGCAUUUAAUAUUAUCAAGGGGAGACUAGCUGCAAAUCAAAUGAAAUGUGCAUGGUAAGAUGCCAGUCGUUCCCUACCAUCUGUUUCCAUGUUUCUACUUUACCUCAGAUAUGAAACAGAAUUAAGAGAGGUCUGUUUCCAGGGAACACCCUACUGUUGCUUGACAAAUCAAUAUUGCAGCUACCCAUUCACAUUCAGCAUUGGGUUCUUCAGAGGGAGCAGAAAAUAUGUGGUCGUGGGAAGUUGCCAAUGAGGGGAAAAAAAAAAGAAAAUAUCAUUUGAGUCAUGGAGCGGGGGGUGCUGACAGCUUUAUCCUUUCCUGUCCUCCAUCAUGAGGGACUUAAAAGUUAACUAUACUUUUACCAGUAUUAAAGACAUCACGGUAAUGGAGAAAACUUUGAACAGGCUACAGAAAGGCAGUUAAGGCCAAAAAGUGCAACUGUGUAAUAUUUAUCCACACAGGUGGGUCGGUCCAGAUUCCUCAUUGACAUCUGGGGCGGUACCUGGCUCAGGGGGGAGCUCAGGUUUGGCACCUGCCCCUGUGCAGAUAAAUGCCAGACCUCCCAUUUGUUGUGGUUUGUGUAACAACGCAGGAGACAAACUCCAGAACUUAAAAAAAAAAAAAAAAAAAAAAAAAA